AUUAGUAUCUAAUUUGGGCAUGAAAUAUGUGAAGUUUUGGUAACUGAAAAAUUUUGGUAGGUUGGAGCCACAGGAAAAGUACUAAAGGAUGUUGUUGUCGUUGGUGUUGGUGGUAGCUUCUUAGGACCUCUAUUUGUGCACACUGCUUUUCAAACAGAUCCAAAGGCUAUCAAAUCUGCAAGGGGACGCCAACUACGUUUAUCUCUAAAUCUUUGAGAAUCUUGAAGAUGAAGAGGAACUGCAAUUUGGAACUUUGCCUUGUUCCCUACUCUGCCUCUCUUCCUUCCAAUGAUUCAGGCGACGACCACCAGCCAAUGAUGGAAGAGCGAAGAGGAAGCCCACAACAGAACCAGCAACCGCAACAGCUGACUAUUUUUUACAAUGGCAAGAUUUGCGUUUCUGAUGUUACUGAGUUUCAGGCUAGGUCCAUCUUAUUGCUUGCUACGAGAGAAAUGGAGGAAAGACUGAAAACUCCAACGGGGUCAGAUCUAUCUUCACCAACACUGCAAACUGAGCAAUAUAGCCCUAGUACUGGUCUUUCCAUGAAGAGGUCACUACAAAGGUUUCUCCAGAAGAGAAAGAAUCGGAUCCAAGCAACAUCGCCAUAUUGAAAAGUUUACUGUAUUGGAGAGAAGAAAACUGAUAUUGUUGAGUUUCUACAAAUUUUUUUGUGUCGAAAGCAGAUUCCAUGGGGUGAACUAGUUUGUGCCAAAAAAAAAAAAAAAAAUUUAAAUAUUGGCAUGGUCUCCUCAAUGGAGGCCCCCAAAAUUACAAAAUGGAUAUAAACAUGGCUCAAGACUCUCGAUCUAUAUUUGUUUAUACCCUUAGUUCCCAAAGUAAACAUUCUAGUUCUACCCCCUAGUAGGUUCUAUGGGCUUGUAAAUUAUUUAUUUAAUUAAGGCUUUAACAUGGCCAAACAUUUCAUUA